GCAUAUUUGACAUGUGCCGCAAUCUGAGGUUAGGAUAAUUCAAAAUUAUAAACAGCCAUCGGCAAAAUCUCAUUCUUCGUCUCCCCUAUUCUUUUAACGUGAUUUUUCAGUUUCACUAGUUACCAAUAAGCUCCACAAUGAAUAUCAGUUCAUAUUCCCCAAACAGAACCCUUAACCAAAGCCUAAACAAGUCCACAAUACUGGAACAAAGCUUGAUUUUAAAUAGAAAACGCCACAAGCUAAAGGAAAGUUUAAUUUGGUUCAGCAUCAACUUCCUGAUACUUGCCAUUAUCAUUUAUGACUUAACAUACAAAGUGCAAUGCAUGAUGUACAUGUCCUACUACCAUUACCUAGAAUACAGUUUGACAAUAGUGUUCACUCUCAAUGUGGUGUUUUACUUGGCUCGGAUCUGUCGGCUCUACUUUUCCACUUAUGAACCCAUCACAGUUACUGUGCAGCAGAAAAAGCUUUUAGGAGUGAAAGAUUCAGACCCAAAUUACACCAUUAUAAGCCCAUCAAAAACACCUCCUAGGAGUGCAAAUAUGGGCACCCCAUUAACCCAGAACACUCCUUUAAACAUGACCGCAUUGAGUUGGAGAUCAAAUGCUUCUCCAGGACAACAGGCCACCCCUCUAAACAUGACUGCUCUCAGUUGGAGAUCUAACUUGUCUCAGCAAGAUAAUUUGAGCAUGAAUUAUUCAAUGUCCUCACCCUCUUGGAGCUACCACAAAGGAACCCCAAACAGUUCAAACAUAAUGAUGAACGCUGAAUCAGUUGAGGCUCAGAACACUAAAUAUAUUAAUGAGCAGUCUGCUCUUGAGAAUAUUGAAGAUGAAGAUGAGGAGCAAGAAAAAGAUGAUGAAGAAAAAAUCACAUUGUUAUCGAACAGGGCCCCCAACAGUCAAAACAACUUGCUAAGUGCCUUUUGGAGCCACCCGGUGACCCAGAAGGCCAAAGAUAUAUCUACCAUAUUAAAGAUGAGUCAAUACCAGUUGUCCUCGCAAUCGCCCAGUGAAAUGUUAAGUGGUAGCCCUUCAAAUAAACAGGAGGAUAAAUCGGCCAAUAGUGUGCCAUGUUUAGAAGUCUGGACCAGGAUAAACGUUGAUACAGUAGCACUUACCCAGUGGAAUGAAAAUUUGAGAAUGUGGCUCUCUCAAACCAUUCUGGAACGUUUGGUUAAGGAGUUUGAUGUUAUUAAUGAAUCAUUGGAUAAGCAUAAUAUGUCCGACUGUAAGAUUGGUAUGGUCGGUUUAGAUAGGCUCAGAAAAACUGCUUUGAUGACCCAAAUCAGCCAUUUCAUUCCCUCGCUGUCCGCCAUCAUCCAGUUCCUGGAACUGCACCCGAACCAGGAAUAUUUGGUGAAAAGGAUCCGGGAACUGGCCAGGGGCGGAUGCAUGAGCGAAUUCAAAUGGAACGGGGGCGGCCACUACAACGGCAAAGAUUGGGACCAGUCGUUACCCACCGACUGUGCGGUCGUGAUGCAUCUGUUGGCUUGUUAUUUGGACACGCAAAUGAUGCCCUCGCCGAAUAUGCCCGACGCGAAACCCUUUACCGGUCAAUAUUACGUGAAAGUCGGCGAGAAAACGCCGGUUUUGACACCCCGUAGCGUGUUUAUACAGGAGGUUACCGUUAAACCGCCCCAUUACAGGGUGGUCGUCGGAGAGAAGAUUUACGAGAUGGUCAAAGGGUACAACAACUUGUUUCACAGCAUUUUGUUUUUUAUUUAUAACGUUAAUAAGCUGGAACAAGGGAUGCUGGGCAGGGUUAACUUGGGUAGGGCCGGACUCAACAUGCUCUGGAUCGUAGGCGAAAACGAGUAAUUAAGAGUGAUAUUAUUAGUAAUUCUGUUUUGACUGAUUUCCUUUUUUUUAUAUAGUAUUAGUAAUAAGUUCGGUUUAAGGCAUCAGACGAUUUGUAGGUACAAUGGUGUUAUUUGCAUCCUUUUUUUUAAUUUAGAUUUAAGCUUUUGUUGUGAAUUUCUUUAAGUGAUUAAAUGCGAGUUUGUAAUGGCUUUUAUAAUUUA